AUGGUCACUGGGCGUUCAGUGCCAGGAGCUACAGGAGCUCGAGGCUUGUCUCAGAGGAACAGCAGGGAAGCUGGGAACUUUGACAGAGAGUUCACCCGACAGCCCGUGAUGCUCACACCCACUGACAAACUGCUCAUCAUGAACCUGGACCAGCAUGAGUUUGCUGGCUUCUCCUACGUGAACCCGGAGUUUGUGAUCCAGAGACCAGCGCUGAUCAGCACAACAUCUGGUCACAGCUGGAGUGAGCGGCCACUGGCAUCAAGCUCAGCAUCUGGCAGCUUGAGCCCCUUUUACGCAGAGGUGACAAUCCGAUGGUUCUGUACGUUCAAAGGAGUGUGCAAGAAUAUUGAUCACUUCCCUGAGGAUGCAGACUAUGAACAGGACACAGCAGAAUAUUUACUGCGGAUUGUCCGCUCGUCCAGUGUCUUUCCCAUAAUGAGUGUGGGUCUCCUGUUCUUCGGGGGUCUCUGUGUCGCUGCCAGUGAGUUCUACAAAAGCAAACACAAUGUUGUCCUCAGCUCGGGCAUCUUUUUCGUAUCAGCAGGUUUAAGCAACAUCAUAGGGAUUAUUGUCUACAUAUCGGCAAAUGCCGGGGACCCUGGGCAAAGCGAUUCCAAAAAGAACAAUUACUCGUAUGGAUGGUCCUUUUAUUUCGGGGCGCUGUCCUUUGUGAUCGCUGAGACGGUGGGGGUGCUGGCGGUGCACAUGUACAUCGAGAAACACCGGCAGCUCAGAGUCACGUCCCGCACCGACCUGUUCAAGCGCUCGGUGCUCGCCCGCAUCCCGAGCUACCGUUACCGCUUCCGGAGACGCUCGAGCUCCCGCUCCACCGAGCCCCGGUCCCGGGACGUCCCAGUGGGCGGCAAAGGCUACAGCGCGGCGACGCCAUCCAGCGAGAUCUCCAUGUACACUCUGCCCAGAGACCCUGCCAAAGCCGUGCCCGGCCCCGGCCCCCGCCUCAGCUCCGAGAGAGACCCCAAGUUCCUGCAGGUCCACAACUGCCUUUCCAAAGACUCCAAGGAUUCUGCCCAAGCGGCAGCCAACAGGCGGACCACACCCGUGUGACCGGCCGGAGGGCAGCGGGCACCGGGCACCGCCAACCAG